AUGCUGCACGUCACUGAGGAUACUCCCCCGGACAUGUUGGCAGGAGCAAUGGACCUCACGGUUCAUCUUCCUACGGGAAUAACUGCCAAAAUGGCGGUGGAAAGGAGUACCCCAAUGAUGGACCUCCUGGUUCAAAUAACCACCGCUCACCAUCUCCAACUGUCGAACUACUCCCUUCAAGCGCUAGGAACGGCACCUUCGUCAGAUCAUCGAGACAAAAUCUUGCCGUACAAGCCCAAUACGCCAAUCGGAACGUUGGACACUCAGCAUAUCAAAGUAGUACCAAAAAUUAGAACCAUUCCAGUACCAAAAAAUGUGCCGCCUGGUCAUCAACCGUUCGAGAGUACGUUUAGACUGAAAGUGCAUUUACCCAGGAACCAAUUGUACGUGGCUAGAGUUAGUAGGAAUGUUAAGUUAGAAGAUAUUAUGAAGAAGGUUUGCGAAGAGAAGAAUUUGGAUCCCGCAAAGUACGAAUUUAAACAUCCAGGAAACCUUGACGAGACACUGGAUCCCAAAUUGACUUUGAGCGAUUAUCAGAUAACAGAAAUUUUCGUCGUAGCAAAAGGAACGGCCAGUCUCAGUCAAGCUUUUUCCAGCAGCGAUAUCAUGGCGCUUAGAAAAGAAGAAGAACGGAAACAAAUGCACAACAAGACAGGCGGGGGUGUUUUCAAUUUGAUAUUCAGGAGGGGGAAAUCGAGUAUGGGUUCUGGGUCAGUGUCCAGCGACACCAGAUCGAUUUCCCCCACUCACAGCGACGAUUCCCGAUCAGUCACACCCCCCGGCGUCGUCCAAAAACCCAUCCUUCCUCCCCCCAAACAAGAUCCGCCCACCGAUCGACCGAAACCGCCGCAACGAAAACGAAAACCCGCCCCCAAACCUCCCACACAACCUCCAACAACCGAGACCACCGAACGGAACGCGAACGACGCCGAAAACAGUCGAACGAGCUCCGAAGACAUCCGAAGGAUAUCCGAAGAGAAAUCUGACGGUGGCGAGAUACAAAUGAGGAGGACCGAAGGUGGUUUAGUCAUUUCGCAUUCGAGAACCAGUUCGGAUAGUUCUGGGUACCACGAGGCUUCGGUUCUGAGCGAAAAUUGCAAUACUUCGCUACCUAGGAGGCCGAAAUCGGCUUUUGUCGGUAGUGGGGAUAUGGAGAAGCUGUCGAAGAUGCAUAGUCAAAGUAGUAGUAAUUUAUCGAAGAUGGCGUCGCAUUCCAAGAGUACUAUGAGUUUGGGAGUGCCAGGACGUAAAAAGAAAGCAGCUCCCCCACCCCCGCCCCCGAUUAGAGCCAACCCUCAAAUACAAAUAGAAACCGCUAGUCCCGUAGUUGCUAGUCAAACCGCAAACAAAACUGCUACUCAUAGUACACCGCUGGAUACCCUAGUUGCACAAACCGCCCCAAAACCCCUUCCUAGAUGUAAACCUAAGGCUCCUCAGGCACCCCAAGUACGUCCCAAAAGUGAAAUAAUUACUUCGAAUAGGAUCCAGUCCAUAGAAGAAGAAGAAAUUUUAGCUACACCAAAUAAAAUAGAUACAAUUCGAGAAAAACCAUGUACAAAGGCUAAUGAAGUUAGAAAUGAUGUAGUAAUUGAUGAGAUUAUAAAAGAAGUGUGCAAAGAAAUUGUAGAAGAUACCUCAGAAUCAAAACAAAUAUCUACAAACGGCGAUUCAAAUAACAACAUCAAUAAAACAGAUAACAAUAAUAAUAAUGUUGAACUAAAAGAAGAAAUUAAAAAAGAAAAUAUUUACGAUAAAAUAUUAGAAUUACAAAAACAAUCACAUCAAAAUAUAUUCAAUUCUGAACAAUUUAUUACAAAGUUAGAACAUACCAAAGAUAAUUCAAAACCUUUAACGGAAAAAACAAAAAUAGAUACUAACACUGAAGAAUUACAUCUAGUAGAAAUAAAAGAUUCUAAUCAUAACAAAGAAACAGAAGAAUCUAUUCAGUUAUCAGAAAAAAAAUUACCUGAAAUUGUCGGUGUGAUUCCCAAGACUCCCAAAGACAAAACAAGCAACAAAUACGACAGUUUUGGUAAAAGACGUUUCCAAAAAUCCUCCAUAACUAAUUCUUUCGAAGACGACUCCACAAGUACACAUACAGAAUCAUUAUCUUCGCAAACAUCAGUAGCCUCAGCCUUGGGCACAUUCAAUUUCAUAGACGAGUUUUCAGAUCUAGACGACAAAGUGUUCUCCGGUUCGAUAUCUUCGAACAAGAACUUCUCGCUAAGAGACGAAGUUUUCAACGAACUGUACGGUAUCCAUAAACUCGACGAUGUCCAAUUCGAUAAGAAACAUUCGAUAAGUAGUUUAAGAAGUUUGAGAAGUUUACCGGGAUUUUUGAACAGUACUGGCAUGAGCAAAUGGAAUAAUUUUGAAGAUCUGGAUGAUAUGUGUUUGAGUUGUCGGGAUCCUAAUAGUAGAUGGGUGAUUGGUGAAUCGGAAACAGAAUCCCUAGCUUCCCACCAAGCUCUCGAUAGCUUAGAUAGUCAAAUUCACACUUUAUCAGAGAAUAUUGAGGUCGCUAAACCCUUCGGUUCAACAGACAGCGGCAUUGCUCAAGAAACCAACGAAAAGCUAUCAGAAACUGAAGACUGUCGACCAAUAACACCUCCACCUCCACCAUUAUUUCUAGACGAACCUCCCAUUGAAGAAGAAACGAAGAACGAAGAAAGGUUGCAAGAAAAAGUAGAAAUAAACGAUUUAGAUCCCGUAAUCGAAGAAGAAUCUUCAAAAGAAGUUGUACAAACUAAAGAAAUUGAACGUACCAAUGAAGUAUCUAAAGAAAGUUCAGAUCUUUAUGAAAUAGACUGGCAAUAUCAGCUACCGUCUCCUCCAAAAGCAUUUAGAGACACGAGUCCUGUUAUAAACGACGAAAGUACAAUUACAGACUUCAAAGAUUCUGUUGUAACAUCACCAGAAUUAUUCGAAAAAGAAAAACCUAUUGAUACGAGAUCGACAACAACUUUCGAUACCCAAUCAGUAGCUACGUUCGUUGGAGAUGAACCCCCUUUAAAUACUCUAUCAUUAGAACAUUUAGAAAAAAGAAAAUCCUUGGUUUACAACAGGGAAUUGUCUACAAGCCUGAAAGUAUCCGAUGAAGAUAGAAUGGAUCCUUACACUAAUUCUUUAAAUAAAUUCGAAACCACUUUCAUAGAAGUGCAAAAAUCUAGUCAUAAAGAAAUUAGUAAACCUAAAUAUGUUCAAAAGACUACACACACUUUACCUAACUUCAAAAUAUCGACUUACGAUAGACCCAAAGAGAAGAUUAAAGUAUUCGAAGAUGAUACAAUCAGAAGCAGUCAAAACAGCUACGCCACAAAUAAGACUUAUUCCCAAUUAAACAGAUAUUACGCAGCAUCAUCUAUGGAAAAUAUAUCCAUAAGAAAAAACAGCAUCGAUAACAAAACCGGUGAAAGAGAAUACACGUUCUAUAGAGCUGAAAAUGGGCCUAUUAUAGCUAAAAAUUACGGACCAUCUACGGGUGGUUUUAAUACCGAAUCUUUUAAUACUGAAACAGCUUGGUCUCCGGGGAAGCUUGUGUCAAGGUCGAGGUCGUAUUUGACGCUUAAUGGUACUAACAAGCAUAAAGUAGAAAAGCAGACUAAUGGAAAAAAGGGCAUAGAAAGAAGUAACAGCUUGUACGAUAUAUCCGGUCUUCAAAGCUUAGGGGUGAUGCGGCUUAUUCAAAGCAAGCUAAACACCCCCACCUCGUCUUUAGAGAACCUUAACUUCAUCGAAGAAAAAUCCGAACCUUCCAACAACUCCUACAGCCACCAGAAAGAAGCUGCUCCUCAAGAAGUUGUCCAAAAAACAGCUGCGACAGAAAAAAUUUACAAGUACCAAGGUCCUCCGUCCAUCAACAUGAGCACUUGGUCUGAAAGACCAAAAGUACCAGUAUCAGUAAAAGAAGAUGAAGAUUACAAACUAGGCAACAAUAUUUCUUCGAAAUUAAUAGUUAACACUACUAACAAUAAUAUAACAAGCAAUAACAGUAUAGAAAUUAAAAACGGCGAGGUAGAGUCAGUGCAACCGAGUAUCAGCAUUAAAGUGAAUGGUACCGAAAUACCAACAACUACGACAGAAAGCAAAGCUGGCAAUGUUGUGAUAAAAAUAGGCAGCACUCCAUCACAACCCAAAAUUAUAGAUAAUCAAAGGUUUAUCAGUCAUACGACAGCAUCAGGCUAUCGAAGACCUCUCACAGAUAUUAAUAAGAACCAAAGACCACAUUCCAUAGCCUUCGGAUCAGACAUCGAUAUAUCCAGAGUGCCAGUAGUGAGAUCUGUGGAGCUAAAAAAGCCUUUUAAAGAUUUCGGUAACACAUCUGUUACGCAAAUUGGUUCCGCCGAACCCACACAACAAAAUAACUUUUACGGCCGGCUCAAACCUACAAUUGUACCGGUCGUAAGAGGUUUCAAAACGCUUCCCAAGGAAAGAGAAGCCUUCGUACCAAAUUCGCAGGUUCCUUUUUCGCAGGGUACUCUGCGACGUACUGCGUCUAGUAAUCUUUAUGAUGAAAUUAACGCAAAUACUACGGAUAGUAAACCUAGAGAGGUUGAAAGUGUGGAAAAAUUGUUAGAGCCUGUUGAAAGUACGGUUAAUCCUCCUCCGCCGCCUAUGAUGCCUAAAGUGAGCCUGAGGAAGCCUGUUGUAAGACAUAUCGAGCCAGUCGUAGAUACUAGGGAUCAGUUAUUGUCGGCAAUUAGAAAUUUCGGUGGUAAAAAGGGUUUGAGGCCUGCUAAAGUAUAG